AUGGUGAUGAAAACGCGAGUUGCGGUAGUCGAGUCAUUAGCGACGCUUUACCUACGUCGCAGGAUGUUUUCGGUGAAAUUUUCCGUCGUCUUCGUCAGUCUGGCAUCAGAGAAGCCGAUCUUCCUGUUUUUGAAGACAAACUCUGGACUCACUUCAAUCGCCUCCCUGCUCGGAUGGUCAAAAUUCAUCUUCUUUAGGUAUGCUUUGGAUGUGAAUGCAGAGAGAGCGGAAGACGUGCUUAUGCACAAGAUCCUGAGAACAGGACUGCUCAUAAAAAGAUUCCCAGCUAAGGUGAUCGAUCCGCCUUCACAAGCGCCUGAUGCGGUCUAUGAUGUUUCCGUUUACGGAAUUUAUGGACAAUACAAUUACAAGCCAAGUGAAUCACUCGAGGAAGCAGUUUUAGCAGAGAAUGGGGUUGAAGAUAUUUGUGGAGCUGCUGAAAUCAGCUGCCCAGAUUCCUCUGCCACUGAAACCGACGAGGAGCAUGGACCUUCUUCUAGAAGCCAGGCACACACUGGAGAUUGGGUAUGUUGUGAUGGUGUGAUGUAUGGGUACAUGCUGCGGGCGACAACAUUUCGGACAAGUGCUUUAAGGUCUACAGAAAACACUACAGAGACUGAGCUGCCUGACGGGAUUACUGUAGUCAGCAAUGGCAUGGAAGGGACAUAUUUCCGGAAGUUUCAUGCAAUUGAGUGCAAGUGUGGUUCAUGUGGAACAAGGAAGCAGUCACCAAGUGCAUGGGAGUGGCAUACUGGCUGCAGAGCCAAAAAGUGGAAGUACAGUUUAAAAAUUCAAUGCUUACAACAAGGUACUGUAGAUUGGAGUAUCUGGUGCACAUACUCUAGAACCCCAGAUAAAAGUAUGAGCCAGUCAGUGCAAAGUGGACUACUGAAAGGUGUGCUAUGUCAAGUAGCUGUACACCAAGAAUGCUAUGGGGUAAGCAAAUCUCAAGACCUCGCCUCCUGGGUGUGCAGAGCAUGUGAAACGCCAGAUAUUUUGAGAGACUGUUGUCUUUGUCCUGUAAAAGUUGGGUUUUUGAAUCACGAAAACAUGGAGCCUGCUGUUGGAAUUUUCAAAAUUCCAUUAAAUUCAUUUCUUAAGGUUUGCACCAUUUGUAGGKAGACACAUGGUUCCUGCGUGCACUGCUGCAAGUGUGCCACUCAUUUCAACGCAAUGUGUGCGUCACCGGGCAGGUUACAACAUGGAGUUACAUUGCCUGGAGAAGGAUGGUGUGCAGAGAACCAGGAAGUCGAUUUACUGUUCUUUUCACAGCCAGAUCCAAAUAGUAAUGUAGUUGUGCACACACCAGCAGGAGUCUUUGGCUCUUCAAAUUUGCUUCAGAAUCGAAAUGGGCGCAUUAAAGGUUCAAGACUCGUUUUGACCAAGAAGAUAAAGCUUCCAGGUUUCGCAAUCCAACCCCAAGCCGAACAGAUCCAUGAAUUUGAUUCUUUUUCUGUAUCUAUAGUAGAUCAAACACGAAGCAUUUUCAUCAGGUUUGACUUCAUUCAAAGAACGGCUAAAGCAUUUGCGGGACGGAAAAUCUCCGGGUCUGAUUUGGUAAAUCUGGCAUACAUGGAUGGGAUCAUUGAGUAUCGUGGGGUGAAAGCUAGGAGAAGUGUUGCAGAUCUGAGAGAGGCAAACUAUCGUUCUCAAGGCAUAGAUUGUUACCUAUUCAAGAGAAGCGAAGAGAUAGUGAUUGAUGCCACAAACUUUGGAGACAUAGCACGAUUGARCAAUCAUUCAUGUAUGCCCAAUUGCUAUGCAGGUAUAGUGAGUAUGGGUGAUGGAGAAGAGAAUAGAAUCGUCCUCAGAGCUUACGUAACACUUUUGGUUACUGCUUUAUCUUCCCGCAGAAUAAUAGAUAUCUGCAAGUCGAUAAUAACCUUGAUCAUGAAAACCUAUUUCUGCAGGUAUGAUCAUCUCUUUGAAGUUGAUGAAUCUGAAGAUAUCAAAGUGCCUUGCCUUUGUAGAGAGCUCCUAACUGCCGCAAAUUCAUGA